AUGUCGACCUAUGGUAUGAGUGAAGUUAAUUGCACGGUCUACCUAGACUUGCAACCAAACCCUGAUAUUUCUGGCAUUGGAGUAAGUCUGCCAACUUGAUUCGCAGAAUUGCCUGACUUAGUGUGCUAAUUGUGCUGAUGUCUCCCUUGGAUUUUUCAUUACUGCAUAUCUCUCGUUCUUUUGUUGUGCGGCCAAACUAUUUCUAGAUCACUGGGAAUCGCUUUUUGGGUCCGGUCCAACUGUCACACGCUUGUCGUUAUCCUGUCGAGGUGCAGUUAUUAGUUUUGGCGAUCAACAACUGGUGACUGGAAUUUCGAUCCUUGUUGCUGGAUUUCUCCAACUAGAGUGGGGCAUAUCGGCAUAUCAUUGGCAUUCCGUUGUCAAUCAGGCAUGGCUAUCAACUAUUACUUACUUCAUGGUCUUCACAGCAAUGAAAGAUGACAUUCAUAAAUCCCGACGAAGACGUUUGGCUACGAUUGUCCGCUUCGCUGGCAUGGGUAUCCUGAUUAUUAUGCUAAUUGUUGCUCUAAUUCCCAUGGGUUUUACAAAUAGUCGCACAGUUUAUGCCCAUUCGUUUCCUGCUUGGUGCUUUUACCACAACGGGGAAUGGAAAGAGAAUCUUGCUUGGCAGGCUUCUGGCGAUAGGGAGCAGGACGAUCAGUGGGAAAGAAUAGAUGUGACUGCAUACAAUUGGCCGUACUUGAUUCUGACGGUCACAAUUCUCUUAUACAACUUCUGCACGAGGAUAUUUUGGCUACAGAGGGAUCAGCCCCUCCAGGGUCAUGUGCUUCGACGAAUUCCCGUAAUUACCGGGAGUGAGAAAGUUUUCGAUCGCCUUCGACGUCGCAGAAGAAAUGGUCCUGCCAGCAAAGUGAUCCACGUACUUUACCGUUCUUUUCAUACACUACUGGUAAGUUCGAUAGAGGUCUACUCAUCGGCUCUGUGGGAGGUAAGUAGCUGCUGUCCUUCUUUCGACCGAAAACUAAUCAUCUCUUGUAGAUGACCUGGAUAACCACGGGGCUUGUAUGGGGAACUAUCCGUAUUACAGUAAUGCGAAAAGGAUUGCUGUAAAUUCGCCAACAACAGCCAUUUCCUGACCAAGUUCUUGAAGAACAAAAUAUCUGGAGUUUUGGACAAGUGGUACCGAUAGUCCUUUUGGCUCUGCCCAUAGUAAGCUUCGCCGGUAGGUAUAGACUUUUAUUAAGCCUUCCUAACAUUAGGAAUUGGCUGACAUUGAAGCUCAAUAGAUACCUUUUUUACAAGUUCUAAAUAUGUCAUGUCACCUUCAACCCCAGGCCACUCGCUACCCCCUGUAUACCAUAUUUAUCGUUCUAGGUGGAUCACACGGAAGUUGCUAAUUCCUCGAUACAUCAAUUUCAUCAAGUGGAUUGGGACAGAUUUCCCAAAUCUGAGCACGCCAAGUUUUCCAACACUCCCUUGCCACCUUCAAGACCGUCGCUUAUGGAACCCCUUCCAUGUUGAGGACUCACUGUAUACUUCCCAUCCCGGCACAAGGGAAACAUGCGAACUACGUAAACAUCACUGGUACUUGAAGUUGACUAUUCUUGAAUAUUUCCUCGCAGUAGAGAUGGUUGGAUUAGUAUUAACUGUAUUCACCGGACCUGGAGGAGCACUUAUCAAUAUCGUUGAUGGUAGAUCAUUCCGACUAAUAAUGCGUCCUUUUGGGUUAUGGGCUUUAUUCAAUUUUCUCAUGAUAUUUGGUUUCACUCUAUGGGCUUUACAUGAUAGUGGAUUCUUUUGCAUGAAACCUGCCAUUGUAUCAUCGCAAAUGUUUGUAAUCUUUCUCUUUUUUUCUACUUCGUCGGGACCUUUUUUUCUGGCCGCAUUCUACGAUAUUAUUUUCUGACUUCUACCAUUUAUGGUCAUUCGAGGAAUAUCUGUGUGUACGAUUUGUGGGAUGUUAUUUCGUAGGUGCAAUACUGCAGAACUGUUAAUUCUGGUUGCUUCCUUCAACAAAGUUUUCUCUGUGUUGCAGUGUUCGGUGGGAGAGGGGGCUGGGUCA